AUGGGCUUGGACCACACCCCACAGUCCGCAGCAAAGUCCAGCAAGAAGAAGGACAAGAAGGUAGAGCGUGAGGCAGAGGAAGUGGACGAAAUGAAGAAUCUCAUUCACCAACGUGGCCAAAUCAAGCGAAAGGUUACCCUAAUCAAUCGUGCCCUGGAAGAAGCAGAAGAUGAUGCAUCAAAGGUGAGUGCGUCGCUGCUGAAAGUGUACUCGAAAAAGGUGGAGUUGCACUACCAGGAAUACGUCGAAGCUCAUCGUGAAGUCCUGGCGGCGACCCCAUCAUCGAAACUGGAGGAGCAGGAUGAAAUCCAAAUGGCUUUUGAUGUGCUUCACACCGAGGUGCUCGAUAGACUUGAGCGUCUUUCCCUGCUGUUUGUCAAGAGUGCCACCCCGGCGCAUGAAUCCGGCAGCCCCCACGUGAUCCUGCAGCAGCAGCCGUUGCGAGCUCCCAUCCCGAGCUUCGACGGUAAAGUGGAAAAUUGGCCAAAAUUCCGGACGAUGUUCGAGGAUAUCGUGGUAAGCAGUCACGAUUCCGACGCCUUGAAACUCCACCAUUUGGACAAGGCACUCGUUGGUGACGCCUUCGGAUGGAUUACCGUGAAAAUGCUCCAGGACAACAACUUCCAACAAACCUGGAAGCAGCUGAAGGAGCAAUUUGAAAACCCGCGUGUCAUCGUCGACACGCACCUGACCGGCCUGCUGGAGCUGGAAACCAUUGUGAAACGAAACAGCAAGGACCUGUUGGAGCUAGUGAAAACUGUUAAUCGGCACGUAGGCGGUCUCGAGUGCCAAGGCCUCAACGUGGACCGCAUGUCGGGGCUUUUGCUGACAAAAAUCAUCACGGCACGACUGGACGACGAAACGCUCCAGCUGUGGGAGAGAACGCAAGAGCACGGCAAGCUUCCUGAUUACGAGCAAACCAUCAAGUUUCUGCAAGGUGAGUGCCAAGUUUUGGAGAGAUUCCAGAAUCGGUACCAAUCCGGUCCCGCAAAGGAAUUAACCUCCAAGCCAUCGAACGUAAAACCUUCCUCAAGCCAAAAAUCCCACGUGGCGACGCCAUCUGUCAAACCUACGCUAUGCCUGCUAUGCGGCGAGGCUCAUCGCCAUUUCGAGUGCCCUACAAUCAACAAGUGGUCGCUAGGACAACGCAUCGAGAAGGUAAAGGAGUUGAAUCUUUGUUUCAACUGUCUUCGCUCCGGGCAUCGAUCUAUCGCGUGCCCCUCCAAAAAGACGUGCUCAAAGUGUCAGCGUAGGCACCACACCCUCUUGCAUGAAGAACCGAAGCAAAUCCCAGAGGAAACCGACCCUCCAGUGCGAAACGAAGAAAAUGUUCCAGUUCCCCAGCAAGCCCCAAGCAAGAUGCAAACUUUCCAACGGUCGUCAUCAAACACAGCCGUUCCCAACACUCAACCCCCGCAGCAUAAAACCGCAAUGCUCAUGACGGCUGUCGUGAUUCUGAGGGACCUUUGCAACCGGAAGGUGCCCUGUCGUGUGCUGCUGGAUUCCGGAUCCCAGAUGAACUUCGUUUCGAAAGCUAUGGCCAAUAGUCUUUCGGUCCUACGAUUUCCAACGCUUGUGCCGAUCACCGGAAUUGGUGCUGCCAGGACCUGUGCCCACGAAAAGAUCACCGUUGCUGUUGAAUCCAGAUGCUCAGACUUUGCAACCAUGGUCGAGUGUCUGGUGAUUCCCAAGGUGACAGAAGACAUUCCAACAGCCCGUCUGGAUAUUUCAAACUGGUCAAUUCCUGCUGAUGUCUUCCUAGCCGACCCCGAAUUCAAUACACCUGGCCAAAUCGACAUGUUGCUUGGUGUAACCCCGUUCCUGCGCCUCCUCAAAUCGGGGCGGAUGCAGCUGCGACCGGAUCUGCCUGACCUGCAGGAGACGCACCUUGGAUGGGUGGUAGCUGGAGACGUUGAAGGUCAACAAAACGACCAACAGUGUUUCGUCGCUACUACCGCCACGCUUACCGAGACCAUGAAACGGUUCUGGGAAGUUGAAGAAGUUUCUGAUGUUGACCAGCCCACCGACCAGCACGUUUGCGAGAGGAUUUUUCAAGCCACCCAGCACCGAGACGAACAUGGAAGGUAUGUCGUGUCCUUGCCUUUUCGUGAAUUUCCUCCCCAGCUGCGAGACAACCGAGAAGUGGCUCUUCGUCGAUUCCUGACUCUCGAACGACGGAUGAAGAAAGAUCCUGCCCUGAAGCUCCAAUACAAGAAGUUCAUCGACGAUUACGAGGCCCUGGGACAUUGCCGUGAAAUUUGCGAGGAUCUCGACGCCCCGAACCAACCUCGGUACUACAUGCCUCACCAUGCGGUACUACGUCCAUCAAGCUCCACCACGAAGCUCCGCGUGGUCUUUGAUGCAUCAGCGAAGGAAUCUCCAUCCGACAUUUCCCUGAACCAAGCGCUACUAGUAGGCGCAACCGUGCAGAACGACAUCUUCUCCAUCCUGGUGCGCUUUCGGAAGCAUUUCAUCGUUUUCACGGCUGAUAUUUCCAAGAUGUACCGGCAGAUCAACGUCAUCCCUGAUCAUUCGUGCAUGCAGCGCAUUUUCUGGCGCGCCGAUCCUGCGGAACCCCUUCGAGUGCUGGAACUAACCACCGUGACGUAUGGGACAGCCUGUGCCCCAUUCCUUGCGACCAGGUGCUUGAUGCAACUAAGUAUCGACGAAGCUGAAGCGUAUCCAACGGCGUCAAAAAUCAUCCGGGAAGACUGCUACGUUGACGACGUCCUGUCCGGAGCCAACACCGUAGCUGAAGCCAUCGAGUGCCAGACCCAAAUUCUGGAAAUGCUGGAAACCGCCAAGCUCCCUGUCCACAAGUGGAGCUCCAAUUCCCCCGAAGUCCUGCAACGUAUCCCGGAAGCAGAUCGUGAAGAGCUGGUGAACUUGAGCGACGACUGCGAAGGAGUGCUGAAAACUCUGGGUUUGACCUGGAGCCCGCAGCGGGAUGAAUUCGCCUUCGUUGCCAAUCAUCUGAUGGACGAUUCCAAACCACCAACAAAGCGAACCGUCCUGUCCGAGAUCAGCAAGCUGUUCGACCCACUUGGUCUACUUUCACCGGUAGUCAUCAUCGCCAAGAUGUUCAUGCAGAAGAUUUGGUUGGCUGGAAUACCAUGGGACGCUUAUCUGGAAGGCGACUUGCUACAAGAAUGGCUGCAAUUCCGCAGCUCUCUACGAAACGUGUGCAGCAUCAAGAUCCCUCGGUGCAUCAUAACGCCGAACUACGUAGCUAUGGAGCUACAUGGGUUUUCGGACGCAUCCAAACUGGCCUAUGGAGCAGCGGUAUACCUACGCUGUGUCUACCCCGACUGUACAGCAAGUCUUCGGUUGAUCAGUAGCAAAUCAAAGGUGGCUCCUACCAAGCAAGUCACCAUUCCCCGGAUGGAGCUGCUAGGAGCGCAGCUACUGGCUCGUUUGAUUUCCAAACUGUCGGAGUCACUCGACCUCAACGUGAAUUACAUCGUCCUCUGGGUGGACAGCCAAAUCGUUCUAGCCUGGCUGAGAAAACCCCUGGCAUCUCUACAAGUUUUCGUGCGAAAUCGAGUUGAAAAAAUCCAACACCUCACCGAGCCACUCAACGUGCAAUGGAUGUACGUUCCGACGAAGGACAACCCUGCGGAUAUAGUAUCCCGCGGACAAUUACCAGAGAUCCUGAGAACAAACGAGCUCUGGUGGACAGGACCCAGGUUCCUCCAGAGUGCAGAAUACUACGUGGAAGAACCCGCCGAUCUUCCAGACGAGGACAUCCCAGAGAUGAGAGCGAUACCGAUUGUCGCAGUUCCCGCCAUUAACCAAGACGAGUUACCUGUGUUCUCGAGAUACAGUUCUUUCCGGAAGCUCCAGAGAGUGGUCGCUCUAGUACAGCGAUUUGCCCGCAACUGUCAAGAGAAAGAUGCCUCAAGACGUGUCACCAGUCGCCAUCCAACCAUUCCGGAGCUACGAAGCGCUCUGGAACUCAUCGUAAAGGUCGUCCAGCAUGAAGCGCUUGCUGAUGAAAUCAAUCGAGUGGAAACCAACGAGCCGUGCAAACGAAUUUCCAAGCUUAGUCCAAUCUACCACAACGGAAUUCUGCGAGUCGGAGGGAGACUUCAACAUUCUGAUUUUCCGUUCUCCAGUAAGCACCAGUUCCUGCUACCUAAACACCCGAUUACGGACCUCAUCAUCCAAGCCUACCAUCAAGAGCUCCUGCACAUUGGCCCGUCUGGGUUACUAGCCGCUCUCCGCUUGAAGUUUUGGAUGCUGGAUGGCAGAUCAUCUGUACGAAAGAUAACAAGAACCUGUGUACGGUGUUUCCGAUGUAAGCCGCGAAGCACCAGCCAACUAAUGGGAAGUCUGCCGUCGUGCCGAGUGACCCAGGCACAUGUGUUCGAGAAAACCGGAGUAGAUUAUGCUGGUCCAGUACUUGUCAAGGAGGGCCGAUACAAACCACGUCUCGUCAAGGCCUACAUCGCUGUAUUCGUUUGUAUGGUGACCAAAGCUGUGCAUCUGGAACUGGUGUCCGACAUGUCCAGCGAAGCAUUCCUUGCAGCAUUCCAACGGUUCACCAGUCGACGUGGAUUGUGUAAGGAGGUGUAUUCGGACAACGGGAGCAACUUCAAGGGCGCCAAAUCUGAGCUGCACGAGCUGUUUCUGCUUUUCAAGAAUCGGGAAGCCAUCGACCACAUUGCUGAGUACUGUCAACCAAAGGAGAUCACCUGGUACUUCAUUCCUCCAGAUGCACCCAAUUUCGGUGGCCUUUGGGAAGCGGCCGUGAAAAGUACCAAGUAUCAUCUCAAGCGAACACUGAAGGAUGCCAAACUGACUUUCGAAGAAUAUGCGACGGUAUUGACCCAGGUGGAAGCGAUUCUCAAUUCAAGACCCUUGUUUUCAAUUUCUGCUGACCCUUCUGAUCCCGAAGUGAUUACCCCUGGCCACUUUCUUGUCAGUCGUCCCCUCAUCGCCAUACCGGAACCCAGCUACGAUGGAGUCUCGAUGAACCGGCUGUCACGAUGGCAGUACCUGCAAUCCCUCCGAGAGCUGUUUUGGAAACAAUGGAGAAAGGAUUACCUGUUAAAUCUGCAACCCCGGAACAAAGAUCAAGCGUCACACCCGAACGUUCGUCCUGGAAUGAUCGUUUUGGUAGAAGAAAAGGAUCUGCCGUCCCAAAGCUGGAAGAUGGGCAGGAUCGUCAACGUGUACCCCGGAUCCGACAACCUCGUAAGAGCGGUGCACGUCAAGAUUGGUGAAACCAUCUACCGCCGCGCCAUAUCAAAACUAUCCAUCCUACCUAUAGAAGACAACCGCCAUCCUGAUGCCAAUGCUUCGACGGAAGUGCUGUCCAGCCCGGGGGCAUUAUGUGCGCGCCCAAACUAA